UCGGCGCAGAGGCCUGCCGGAAGCCAAAAUGGCGUCUAGGUGUUCUCCCGGUCGCAGAUGGCGCCUGGUUAGUGUCUGAGCGGGUGUUUUGUAAGACGCUGUGGCGAACGCCGUCUUCGCCGCCAUGGCCCGGCAUCGGAAUGUUCGAGGCUAUAACUACGAUGAAGAUUUUGAAGAUGAUGAUCUCUAUGGCCAGUCUGUAGAAGAUGAUUAUUGUAUUUCUCCAUCAACAGCUGCUCAGUUUAUUUACUCACGGCGUGACAAACCUGUUGAGCCUGUAGAAGAAUGUGAUUAUGAAGAUCUGAAAGAAUCCUCCAGUUCUCUUUUGAACCAUCAGCUAAGUGAAUUUGAUCAAGCUCGUCUUUAUUCAUGCCUUGAUCAUAUGAGAGAGGUAUUUGGAGAUGCUGUGCCAGAUGACAUAUUGAUUGAAGCAGUUCUGAAGAACAAGUUUGAUGUGCAGAAGGCUUUGUCAGUGGUUCUGGACCAAGAUAAAAUGCAGAAAUUGAAGGUCAAGAAUGAAGGAGCAAUAUCUACAGGAAAGAUAGCAAAAGGGUUUAGGCCAUUGCUAGCAAAUAAUGAAGACCUGUCUUGGGACACGGAGUGUACACCACCAGCAGUGUGGCUAGGAAAAUCAAUAGAUUCCCAGUCAUCACGAAGUGAAUGUGAUAUUGUGCCAAAAGUUGCUAAAAUGACUGUAUCUGGAAAGAAGCAAACCAUGGGAUUUGAAGUGCCUGGAGUAACUGCUGAAGAAAAUGGUCAUGGUCUCCACACACCUCAAAAAGGACACCCUAGUGAAGACACCAGCAUGGCUUCUUCUGAUGUUCUAGAUUCUGUUUCUAAAUCAGCUGUUCCAUCCCACACCAUUCAAGCAUCAGAGGAACAGAGUUCAACACAAACACCAGUGAGAAAGUCUGGCAAGCUGAGGCAGCAGAUAGAUGUCAAAGCAGAGCUGGAGAAGCGGCAAGGAGGGAAGCAACUCCUCAACUUAGUGGUCAUUGGUCAUGUUGAUGCUGGGAAAAGUACUCUGAUGGGCCAUAUGCUUUAUCUUCUGGGUAAUGUAAACAAAAGAACUAUGCAUAAGUAUGAACAAGAGUCUAAAAAGGCUGGCAAAGCUUCGUUUGCAUAUGCAUGGGUCUUGGAUGAGACUGGAGAAGAAAGGGAAAGGGGAGUAACAAUGGAUGUUGGUAUGACAAAGUUUGAGACCACAACCAAAGUUAUAACAUUAAUGGAUGCUCCAGGCCAUAAGGAUUUCAUUCCAAAUAUGAUUACGGGAGCGGCCCAGGCAGAUGUAGCUGUCUUAGUUGUAGAUGCCAGCAGGGGAGAGUUUGAAGCUGGAUUUGAGACUGGGGGACAAACGCGAGAACAUGGCCUCUUGGUUCGUUCUCUUGGAGUAACACAGCUUGCAGUUGCAGUCAAUAAAAUGGAUCAGGUUAAUUGGCAACAAGAAAGAUUUCAAGAGAUUACUGGAAAACUUGGGCACUUUCUUAAGCAAGCAGGUUUUAAGGAAAGUGAUGUUGCUUUUAUCCCUACAAGUGGUCUCAGUGGUGAAAAUCUAAUCACUAGAUCCCAGUCAAGUGAACUUACAAGAUGGUAUAAAGGACUAUGUUUACUAGAACAAAUUGAUUCCUUCAAACCUCCUCAACGAUCUAUCGAUAAGCCUUUUAGAUUAUGUGUAUCUGAUGUUUUCAAAGAUCAAGGAUCUGGAUUUUGUGUAACUGGGAAAAUUGAGGCUGGUUAUAUCCAAACUGGUGACCGACUACUAGCAAUGCCUCCUAAUGAAACCUGUACUGCAAAAGGAAUCACUCUGCAUGAUGAACCUGUCGAUUGGGCAGCAGCAGGCGAUCAUGUUAGUCUUACGUUGGUUGGGAUGGAUAUCAUCAAAAUUAAUGUUGGCUGCAUAUUUUGUGGUCCCAAAGAACCCAUUAAAGCUUGCACUCGAUUCAGAGCCCGAAUCCUUAUCUUCAAUAUUGAAAUUCCUAUCACUAAAGGAUUUCCUGUGCUGUUACACUACCAGACUGUCAGUGAGCCUGCUGUUAUUAAACGAUUGAUUAGCGUCUUGAACAAAAGCACGGGUGAGGUUACCAAGAAGAAGCCUAAGUUGUUGACUAAAGGUCAGAAUGCGUUGGUAGAGCUACAGACACAAAGACCAGUGGCUCUUGAGCUAUACAAAGACUUUAAGGAACUGGGGAGAUUCAUGUUACGCUACAGUGGUUCUACAGUAGCUGCUGGUGUAGUCACUGAGAUAAAAGAAUGAUGGGUCAGAACUUCUCCAGUGUUUCCAAAUGCAAGGACAUAACUAAGCUGUGUUUUUAAAGAAUCCAGUUAUUCAAUUAAAGGAACAAUGUGCAAUUGGUAUUUUUUUUAAAAACAGAGAGAAAAUUAAAGCUAUAAUCAGCAGCAAAGAAGUAUUGAUUAUCACUCCUGCAAAAAUUUCAAGUUGCCAAACUAGCUUUCCCUUUGAAAUGUUAGUAAAUGGAUAUACUUUGCUAAGAUUUACGGAAACUAUCUGAAAUACGUAUUAAAAGAAUUGAAUCAUCAUGAAAUGAACUCAACUUCCAGCCAAACUACAGAAUGUUUACAGUUUCCUUUUGGUUUUCAACUCUACUGCAUACAUUUUGGAAAAAUAACUAAAUUGGGUGGUUGAGGUAGUUAAUAUUUGACCAGUGCAAAUUUUUUUUGUUGUUAACUCUAAGGAAAGUUUUACUGAAGGUUAUAAUCUUAAAGGUAUUUUGUGUGAGCAUAAGAAUAUUCUUCCUAUAACAAGUAAACUUUUGAAAGAUUAGGUUGGAAUUAGUGGAAACUCUUCCUUUGUUAUCCAAACUAUUAUUUAAGGUGUAAAGCCAACUAAUAAAAUGUCUUAGUUUGAGCAUAACAGCAAAA